AACUGGGGAGCCCAGCGCUCACGGUGUUGGGGUUUAUUUAGAAGAGAUGGGGUUUUGCGGCUUUUGGACCAAGAUGUCUCUUUUCUGGGUCUCUCCAGAGUCUUUGUGUGUGGAAAACAGGAGCGCAGAGCAAAGCUCAGCCUCUGGAGUGGAAGGGGAUACAUUUCAUGGCGUUUAAGGGUGCCUUUCCUUUGGGCCAAGCUUCCCCGGGAAGAGACAGGACCCUGAGUCAUUUCAGCCCAAGUGGUAAGAAGUUCCGAAGCAAGCCCCAGCUGGCCCGCUACCUGGGGAGCUCCAUGGACCUCAGCACUUUUGACUUCCGCACGGGGAAAAUGCUGAUGAAUAAGAUGAACAAGAACAGGCAGAGGAUGCGCUACGACUGUUCCAACCAAGCCAAAGGCAAGCCCGAUCUGAACACGGCGCUGCCCGUCCGACAGACGGCCUCCAUAUUCAAGCAGCCCGUCACCAAGAUCACAAACCACCCCAGCAAUAAGGUGAAGAGUGACCCUCAGAAAGCCGUGGACCAGCCCCGGCAGCUCUUCUGGGAGAAGAAAUUAAGUGGACUGAACGCUUUCGACAUCGCGGAGGAGCUGGUGAAAACGAUGGACCUUCCGAAAGGUUUACAAGGGGUUGGACCGGGUUGCACUGAUGAGACCCUCCUCUCGGCCAUCGCCAGUGCCCUGCACACCAGCACCAUGCCCAUCACCGGGCAGCUCUCUGCCGCCGUGGAGAAGAAUCCCGGGGUUUGGCUGAACACCUCCCAGCCCCUCUGCAAAGCCUUUAUGGUGACAGAUGAAGAUAUUAGGAAGCAAGAGGAGCUGGUGCAGCAGGUGCGGAAGAGGCUGGAGGAGGCCCUGAUGGCCGACAUGCUCGCCCACGUGGAGGAAAUAGCCAGAGAUGGGGAAGCUCCUUCAGAGAAAGAAGGAGGGGAGGAAGAAGGAGAAGAGGAAGAAGAGGAGGAGGAGCAGGACCAUGACCAGGAGAUGGAGAAUGUAUAGUCCAGGAGUUCCAUCUAAGAAUUCCCAGUAUAAACCCUAUCAGCAGGGUCAGCACAACAAUUUUCAAAGCCAAGAGUGUCUGCGAAGCCAAUUGCACCACCGAUCCGACUUAUACCUAUGAGUUUUGAUGUACACACUUCAGGAAACGUUGAGAAGCUGAUGGUUCAUUCAUUGCUGGGUAGUCUUGAAGAUGGAACUUGACUAAACUCUACUCCCCCCUCCUUUUUUUUAACGGGGUAGGGUAAUCGGGGAAUGCAAAAGCGGGAGGGAAUAAAGGAAUAUAAAAUAGUGGGAGGGAAAAUACUAGGAACCAAAUUUCCUGUCUCUUUUUUUUUGUGUGGGUCAGUGAUAGGUGAUAUGUUUUUAAGCUUUUUUAUCAAAGUACCUUUAACAAUGACCCACGGAAACAAUUUUCUCUCUGAGGCAAGUCGGAGAGAUGCUGUUUCACUCCUUGGCUACUCUGCUGUAGGCUCCUCUUUGUACCGACUGUAGGGAGGUCGUUUCACGUCCUGGAUUGUCAUUCCAUCUCUCACCUCGGGUCACAGAGUUCCCUUUUCCUCGCAAGACCACAUUGGUCUUGGAAGCGUAGUCUCGGAGACGACCUGCCGGUGCCUCUUCCACCCAAGGUUUUGAUUAGUUGGGGGAAGUUACACUCGAGGAAUUGGUCUUACAUCAAUGGCAAUCAGGUGUUUUUUUUUAGCUAGUUCCAGCCGUGCACGUUUUUGAUACGGAGUUGUGUGUCUGUCCGAGCGUAGCCGAGUAGGGUUUGGAAGAUAAAUAUACCCGCCCUGUGGUAUAUUUCCCUUUGGUUUAAGUCCAAUCAGAAGGACCUUCUCAACUGGGGAUGGAAGGAUGACUCAUUUCUGACUGACAAUGAGGAAAAAAAACUUCCUCCUUUCUCUUCUGGUGCCAAGAACCCCGACCUCUGUCUCCGUGUGUGUGGAGGGAAGGGGAUCCAUUCCAUAGGUGUGUCUACACAUCUGCUUUCCUGUGCAGUAAUGUUCGGACCUCUUUUAAAACAAGAAAGGAAAAAGGUUGAUUUUUCUAUAAUUGAUAUCUAAAAAAAAAAAAAAAAACAAACGAAUUUAAAACUUUUUAUUGAGUAUUAAAUCUUUCUUAUUUGCAUGUGCAGUGAAGUGACCAGCAUUUUGUGUCCAAAACCGAAAUGAUGUGAAACUUGCCUUAAUGUGUUUAUAAGUAUUUGGCUUCACCAUGGGUACCUUGGUUGAUUCCUCAGUCUCUUCUAGUACAUCAGUGAGCAUAUUGGGGUAACUUGGGGCUAAAAAAUGGAUUUAUCUGAGGAGGGGGAUGGGGAGAGGGGAAGGAGACGAGAGCUUAUAGUUUGGAGAACGUGUUGACUAAGUUGCAAAAGUUAUUUUAGUUUUAGGGUAUCCCUUGCGUAGUUCAUGCGUGGACAUCUCAGCUGAGAGUAUAAAGUGGUGGAUUAAAUAUCCUGCCACUGACCAAUUGUACAGGUUGUUGGUAUCCCAACACUUGGGGAAGAAAGUAGCUCCCAGAGCCUUUAUCAGGUGAGGAGGAUGAGCAGCGACACGGGGACCGGGGGCAGAACCAGCCUGGGGGAGUAGUUCAGCUUAGAGAGCGAGUAGGUUUAAGCUCCUUGAAGAAUAUCCCAUGCCAAAGCGUUCGAUACUGUAUUAACUCUUUUUCUUAAAGAUUUGAAAGUAGGAAACUCUUUGAUACUGCUCAUGUGGAGUACUGUGAGAAGACUGGCUUGUACUUUGCCGCUGCUCUACCGGGUCUCGCUUUGGGGAACCUUACCUGGUACCGCAGCCAGUGACAACUAUUUUUCCUUUUUGAACAGUCUGUUACGGUUAUUAUUCUGUAAAUCUGUCCUCCUGUAAUUCAUUGUGUUGAAUUAAAUGUUUCUCACAAAACAGAGA